UGCCUAAAAUUAUUACAAAUGGCCGAAAAAAUUUGGAUCGUUCGUUGUCCAAGAAAUGAUAUGUUUUCAAUUUAGUGUUAUCAUAUAAAAAUAACAGUGUGUUAUAACAUUAUUACACAGGAAAAGUAACUUUCUAUAAUGUGAUGCUCAUAAUUAUAAAAAUUACGUUAAGACUAAAAGCGUAGAAGAUAAUUUCUACUAACAUAACCUUAAUUUACUACAAAAAUGGAGCUUCCGCAGCCGCCACAAGACCAAGACCUACGCAACAUAAUUGACAAACUUGCCCAGUUUGUCGCAAGAAAUGGACCAGAAUUUGAAAAAAUGACGAAGAACAAGCAAAAAAAUAACCCGAAAUUCAGCUUUCUCUAUGGCGGAGACUACUUCAACUACUACCAGUACAAAGUGACGACGGAGCAAGCAAUUCUAAAGCAAUCGGCCGGUGGCCAGCCGGCUCCUGCUCCCGCCGGGGCUUAUAUGGCACAGAACAGGCAAUAUGUAAUGCCCCAACAGGCCGGAGCGACUCCCGCUCAGCUGGGCCUAGCGGCGUCGAUGGCAGUGGCGCCCGCGCUCCAGCAGUGGCUGGCGGCCAACUCGGCGCCGCCCGCCACGCCGCAGCUCGCCCAUCAUGACCUCGACAACCUCACAGCACAGAUCAACAUGCUCAAAGAGCAAAUAACUCAAUCUGAGAAUAAUCUUAAUGCUCAACACACAGUGUUGAUCCAACAACAGCAAGCUAAAAUCAACGAAUUGGUGAGCAAGGCACAAGUAGAGACAAUCCAGAUGAUGGCAGAGGACAACCAUAUCAGCCUCAGCGAGCUGGACAGCAUUCUGCAGCCAAUCAUUGAUACUUGCACUAAAGACAGCAUUUCUUCAGGAAAAGGCUGGAUAUUACAACACGCAACAUCACACGACGCGGGAAAAGUGAUAUCGCAGCAUCUGCUUAGAAAAGUGACUCAACCUGGUGCAGCAUUCACGCAGAAACUUCACAUCAUUUACCUGGUCAAUGAUGUUCUACACCAUUGUGCACGCAAAAACGCAGAAGAUCUCAAGAAAAAUUUGGAAAAUGUGGUGGUUCCAAUGUUUUGCAAUGCCAGUAUAGCUGUUACUGAAGAGCAGGAGGCUAAACUUAACAAGUUGCUGCGUCUCUGGGAAUCCAAGUCUAACUAUUUCGAGACUGCCGUCAUUGAGAAAAUGAAGAGUCCCACCAGUUCCUAUCAAGAGUACCAGAACAAUCUAAUCUCACAGCACUCUAACGCUAUUGCUCAUUUGACUCAACAAACUAAAUCCACAUUUGAGAACUAUCAAACUCAGCACCAAGCUUUUGUUGCUCACACAAUGCAGCAGAUUCAGCAAUUAGAAAUGCAGAAACAUGCAAUAGAAAUACAGAACAGCCAUGAUCAGAAUAAAGACAAUGUACCUCAAAAUAAUAUGCAAAACAAUUUUCAAAAUAACAGUUUCAAUGACCAAAACUUUCCGCCUAUGGGAGGCUAUGAACCAAACUUUAAUUCAAAUAAUCAGUAUGGCAGCGAAAGUGGCGAUAACUAUGCUUCUAACAAUAGUUUAAGUGGAAAUGAAAAUAGCUAUGACAGUCAGACAUUUGACCAAAUCACUAGUCAGAAGAAGAACGAGAUUAUAGAAGAGCCUGAUUUGUCAAAUCUUCCAAAUAUAAAUUUCUCUCAACCACCACCGGGCUUCAUACCUACUGAGAAACCACCACCGUUAGCAUUCCAAAAUGGUCUUCCUGAUCUAAGCAAGCCCCCACCAGGAUUCCCACCAUUCCAUGAAGUGAAUAACGAUGAGUUAAUGCCAUCUGUACCCUAUUUUGAACUGCCUGCUGGUUUGAUGGUCCCUCUCAUUAUGCUGGAAGACGACAGAUACAGACCCCUGGAUCCAGCGAAAAUUCGUCUUCCCCCUCCCGCCCCACCGAACGACAGACUAUUGGCAGCUGUUGACGCGUUCUAUGCAUCACCUAACCACGAGCGGCCCAGAGACAAUGAGGGCUGGGAAAAAUUGGGCCUGUAUGAAUACUACAAAGCUAAAAAUUCUGCUAGGAAGAUGAAGGAAGAAGCAAUAGCACAGGGCUUUCGGGACAAGUCUCGAACUCCGAGUCCUAUUCCGAAAGACUUGCAGAAACAACCCACCCCACCUGGCAGAAGAUACAGGUCAAAAAGUAAAACUCCAGAGAAGCCUUCGCCUACAAAGUCAAAGUCCAGAUCACCAUCACCAAGAAGAAAGUCAACGUCAUCAACGUCGUGGAGAAGAGAACGAGAAAGAGACACGAGAGAAAGUCGACGGCGGUCCCGAUCGAGGUCAAGGUCACGGUCACGCAGCAGAUCAAGGGAACGGGACAGACAUCGGGAGUCACCGAGGUCGCGGCGCGUGGAACGUUCUAGAUCUCCCACACCCCCAAGCUUCCUUGGUGGUGCAUAUCCAAGUACAUCGACGUCAGGUUUGGACGCCAGCAACAAAGGUCAUCAGCUGUUACAGAAGAUGGGAUGGAGCGCGGGAGGGUUGGGAGCCUCCGGUCAGGGUAUCGCCGAGCCAAUUAGCGGUGGCAUUGUUCGAGAUAGACAAGACCAGUAUAAAGGUGUAGGCGUAAACCUCAAUGAUCCCUAUGAGAACUUCAGAAAGAACAAAGGUGCAGCAUUUAUAACGAGAAUGAAGGAGAGAGCAUUAGAGCGUUCAUCGUGAUCGCUAGUUGAACUCAUGAAUUGAUGUAAAUGUGUAUGUACGUUGCGAUAGUGUGGAUGGGAUAUGAUUUAUUUUAUCUAAAUCAUCAUAAAUAAAGUUAUAUGAAUUUUCAA